UUCUCCAGUAUUUUUUCCUUGCCUUCAAUUCUGGGAGGAUAUCUUCACUCUGCCACCAAAAAAUAUUCAUUCCGCAAACGUCUAGUAGCCGUUCACACAAAUCCAGCUUGGGCCUGUCGACGGUAGUGAUUUGCCACUCGAGUCCGACCUCAGCUUGAUAAUCGCUCGUCACUUGUCGCCUGAAGGACAUACAUCGUACAUCAUACACGUUCAAACAGUCAACGCAUAAUUGAUUGUCAACUUCCUUCAACCUAGAAUACGUUGACAUUACUGAAAUCAUAUAAAAAGAAGACAAUUCCGUCACUUGCAGUACAGAAGGAAGUUUCACCCUCACCAAUUAACACUACAAAGGGCUACAGGCGCUACAAAAAAGCUCGCACGAGCUCCAACAGUUCCGGGGAAAAGUAUAUCCAGUAUCUAAUUGCCCAUCAUGCCAGCUGCGGCUCCUAUUAUUCUAGGUACGAUCGCCGUCAUCGGUACGGGGUACAUGUUCAAAAAAUUUGUGUACGAUCCCCAUUUGGCACCGUACAUCGAGUCAGCAUGGGAAACAUCGCGAUCUAGAGCUGAGGCUGUUGCGGACAGGGUUGGCGUGCCUUCUGUGCAUUAUUUUCAUCGUCAUCCUCGGGGACACCGGUAUGAAAGGGUUGAAGAUGAAGAAGAAGAUGAAGAGGUGGAUGGAAAAGCGAUAGCCAUGCCUGUGAUCGGUACUUCCACUGCCAUCUUAAGCCCAGGAGGUGAGCGGAGGGGUGAAGGAAAGAGUUUAAGGAGGAGAGGGAGUAAAAGAGCUGGGAGUGAGGAGUUUGAGUCGGAAUUCAAGCCAGCAAACCCACUUUUUGAACUGCCGCCAUCAUCUUCAUCGUCUCCCUCCCCUAACAUGAUCGGAAAACCUUUCAAAACAUUCAAAGCACCAACACCUGUUACUAGUGCUGUGGGUACUUCCGCUGCUAAAGGGUGGCAGACGCCAGAAUAUACCGUCACUCGCCCCGAUUCUGCUCAAGAUGCGGAAGUUCGAUCAGUCAUCUUCAACGUACCCAGUACAUUCACCCCACCUUCUCGAUCUGCUCCUCCUUCAUGGUCAAAUACCCAUAUACCUGUCCGCCUGUCCUCACCAAUUUCAGCUGUAGGUGUAAGUUCACCCAAUGAAGAGGGGGAUAUCUUUACUUCUCCUUCUCCCUUUUCUCCUGUGACUGGCUCCGGCUUGGCACUCGCACCGAGUACUACGUUUUCUUUCUUAUCCCUUAGUCAACAAAGUUCGCCGACGUAUAUCCCUCAAGCGCUCAACGAGCUCACCUUUGACAGGCAUGAUCGGAUGGGCGAGGGAGCGGCCGCUGGGUCCGUUGAUUCUCCUAGGAUGAACCGGGAAGGAGGAGGGGCGCGAGAAGAUGAUGUGGUUUCUCUAGCAGAGACGAGUACGACUGGGUUCGAAGAUGCUGAAGCGUAUUCUCCCACUCCGCUCAGUCGGACUCUCUCCGGCUCUAGCGGUUCACCCAGAUCCCAAGCUGGAAACCUUUGCAACAUGUCUAACAAUGCUGGAGGUGACGCUUUCAUUGAUACUUUGGGUUUGACUUAUGUCAUGCCACCUCCGCCUUCUCACGCUCAUGCUAGCGGACUUUCUUCUUACCCUCACCCGCAGAGAAGGGGUCCGAUGAGUGUAGUGAGCAUCAGUGAAAGUGAAGCGGAUGAGGGGAGGACGGAUAGUGAAUGGGAAGCCGUUGGGAGUGAAUAUGGACGAUAGAAAUCUUUUCUAGGGUCUUGAACACUCGCAUUUCUGUAGCAUAUCACCUUUUUUGACUGUUUCUGUAGAUUGGUGUUGUCUGUUGUUCUUAUAUCUACUUUUGGCUUGUGGUGAUGUACGUGAAGAUGCCUAUGACCAUGCAUAUCUUCUC